AUGGAGAAAGUCCUUAUCUUGCUGCGGUUUGCCCUAGUCUUGGGCCAGGUGUCUUCCAGCUUUCAGGAAAAAAAUUUGAAACUGAAGGCCAGCGGAGAGGAAUGUUACCAGCACUCAGAUUGCACAAACAAUUGCUGUCUCAUAGGCUUGCUCAGGGGCUUGAACUUUUGUGCUCCCAAAGGGAAAAUAGAGAUGCUAUGUUUACCACAGACGACAUCAGAGACCACCAUCCUUUGUUCCUGCCACUGGGGUCUGAGUUGCAGAUCUAUUGAUCGCUUCUGUCCCUGCCGGUGCCUGAUGUUUUAG